AAUACCUGAUGAUAAAGACGUUAAAAUGCAGAAAUCUCCAAUUGCAUUGAUAGGAGACGGAGAAUCUCGCAUCGAGGAGGUACGAACUCCGUCUUCACUCAAAAUGAAACCCACAGAAUUACAUAAACUGGACGAUAAACAGCCUGCCGAAUCUCAACCUCCUAGUAUGAUACUAGCUGACAAGAAAUCCCCUAGUCAAACAACACCAAUGUCACCAAUAAAACCCGUUGAAAAAAUAUCGAUAGAACCGAUCACUGAUAAAGAAGGUGAAAAGCAUUCUCCAGUUAAAGAAGAUGACAAAUCAAUUGAAUCCACGAAAAAACCAACAAUGCCAAAAAUAACUGACAUUGAUUCUGAAGAACAACAUGACAAAAUACCUGAUGAUAAAGACGUUAAAAUGCAGAAAUCUCCAAUUGCAUUGAUAGGAGACGGAGAAUCUCGCAUCGAGGAGGUACGAACUCCGUCUUCACUCAAAAUGAAACCCACAGAAUUACAUAAACUGGACGAUAAACAGCCUGCCGAAUCUCAACCUCCUAGUAUGAUACUAGCUGACAAGAAAUCCCCUAGUCAAACAACACCAAUGUCACCAAUAAAACCCGUUGAAAAAAUAUCGAUAGAACCGAUCACUGAUAAAGAAGGUGAAAAGCAUUCUCCAGUUAAAGAAGAUGACAAAUCAAUUGAAUCCACGAAAAAACCAACAAUGCCAAAAAUAACUGACAUUGAUUCUGAAGAACAACAUGACAAAAUACCUGAUGAUAAAGACGUUAAAAUGCAGAAAUCUCCAAUUGCAUUGAUAGGAGACGGAGAAUCUCGCAUCGAGGAGGUACGAACUCCGUCUUCACUCAAAAUGAAACCCACAGAAUUACAUAAACUGGACGAUAAACAGCCUGCCGAAUCUCAACCUCCUAGUAUGAUACUAGCUGACAAGAAAUCCCCUAGUCAAACAACACCAAUGUCACCAAUAAAACCCGUUGAAAAAAUAUCGAUAGAACCGAUCACUGAUAAAGAAGGUGAAAAGCAUUCUCCAGUUAAAGAAGAUGACAAAUCAAUUGAAUCCACGAAAAAACCAACAAUGCCAAAAAUAACUGACAUUGAUUCUAAAGAACAACAUGACAAAAUACCUGAUGAUAAAGACGUUAAGAUGAAGAAAUCUCCAAUUGCAUUGAUAGGAGACGGAGAAUCUUCCAUCGAGGAGGUACGAACUCCGUCUUCACUCAAAAUGGAACCCACAGAAUUACACAAACCUGACGAUAAACAGCCUGCCGAAUCUCAACCUUCUAGUAUAAUAUUAGCUGACAAGAAAUCCCCUGGUCCAAUAACACCAUUAGCACCAAUGUCACCAAUAAAACCCGUUGAAAAAAUAUCGAUAGAACAGAUCACUGAUAAAGAAGGUGAAAAGCAUUUUCCAGUUAAAGAAGAUGACAAAUCAAUUGAAUCCACGGAGAAAGCAACAAUGCCAGGAAUAACUGACAUUGAUUCUAAAGAACAACAUGACAAAAUACCUGAUGAUGAAAACGUUAAGAUGCAGAAAUCUCCAAUUGCAUUGAUAGGAGACGGAGAAUCUGCCAUCGAGGAGGUACGAACUCCGUCUUCACUCAAAAUGGAACCCACAGAAUUACACAAACCUGACGAUAAACAGCCUGCCGAAUCUCAACCUUCUAGUAUAAUAUUAGCUGACAAGAAAUCCCCUGGUCCAAUAACACCAUUAGCACCAAUGUCACCAAUAAAACCCGUUGAAAAAAUAGCGACAGAACCGAUCACUGAUAAAGAAGGUGAAAAGCAUUUUCCAGUUAAAGAAGAUGACAAAUCAUUUGAAUCCACGGAGAAAGCAACAAUGCCAGGAAUAACUGACAUUGAUUCUAAAGAACAACAUGACAAAAUACCUGAUGAUAAAGACGUUAAGAUGAAGAAAUCUCCAAUUGCAUUGAUAGGAGACGGAGAAUCUUCCAUCGAGGAGGUACGAACUCCGUCUUCACUCAAAAUGGAACCCACAGAAUUACACAAACCUGACGAUAAACAGCCGGCCGAAUCUAAACCUCCUAGUAUAAUAUUAGCUGACAAGAAAUCCCCUGGUCCAACAACACAAUUAUCACCGAUGUCACCAUUGAAAAUCGUUGAAAAAAUAUCGAUAGAACCGAUCACUGAUAAAGAAGGUGAGAAGCAUUCACCUGUUAAAGAAGAUGACAAAUCAAUUGAAUCCACGAAAAAACCAACAAUGCCAAAAAUAACUGACAUUGAUUCUGGAGAACAACAUGACAAAAUACCUGAUGAUAAAGACGUUAAGUUGCAGAAAUCUCCAAUUGCAUUGAUAGGAGACAGAGAAUAUCCUAUCGAGGAGGUACGAACUCCUUCUUCACUUAAAAUGGAACCCACAGAAUUACACAAACCUGACGAUAAACAGCAGGCAGAAUCUAAACCUUCUAGUAUAAUAUUAGCUGACAAGAAAUCCCCUGGUCCAACAACACCAAUGUCACCAAUAAAACCCGUUGAAAAAAUAUCGAUAGAACAGAUCACUGAUAAAGAAGGUGAAAAGCAUUCUCCAGUUAGAGAAGAUGACAAAUCAAUUGAAUCCACGAAAAAACCAACAAUGCCAAAAAUAACUGACAUUGAUUCUGAAGAACAACAUGACAAAAUACCUGAUGAUAAAGACGUUAAGAUGCAGAAAUCUCCAAUUGCAUUGAUAGGAGACGGAGAAUCUCCCAUCGAGGAGGUACGAACUCCGUCUUCACUCAAAAUGGAAACCACAGAAUUACACAAACCUGAAGAUAAACAGCCUGCAGAAUCUCAACCUGCUAGUAUAAUAGUAGCUGACAAGAAAUCCCCUGGUCCAACAACACCAUUAGCACCAAUGUCACCAAUAAAACCCGUUGAAAAAAUAUCGAUAGAACCGAUCACUGAUAAAGAAGGUGAAAAGCAUUCUCCAGUUAAAGAAGAUGACAAAUCAAUUGAAUCCACGAAAAAACCAACAAUGCUAGAAAUAACUGACAUUGAUUCUAAAGAACAACAUGACAAAAUACCUGAUGAUGAAGUCGUUAAGAUGCAGAAAUCUCCAAUUGCAUUGAUAGGAGACAGAGAAUCUCCUAUCGAGGAGGUACGAACUCCGUCUUCACUCAAAAUGGAACCCACAGAAUUACACAAACCUGACGAUAAACAGCCUGCCGAAUCUCAACCUGCUAGUAUAAUACUAGGUGACAAGAAAUCAUCUGGUCCAACAACACCAUCAGCACCAAUGUCACCAAUAAAAAUCGUUGAAAAAAUAUCGAUAGAACCGAUCACUGAUAAAGAAGGUGAAAAGCAUUUUCCAGUUAAAGAAGAUGACAAAUCAAUUGAAUCCACGGAGAAAGCAACAAUGCCAGGAAUAACUGACAUUGAUUCUGAAGAACAACAUGACAAAAUACCUGAUGAUAAAGACGUUAAAAUGCAGAAAUCUCCAAUUGCAUUGAUAGGAGACGGAGAAUCUCGCAUCGAGGAGGUACGAACUCCGUCUUCACUCAAAAUGAAACCCACAGAAUUACAUAAACUGGACGAUAAACAGCCUGCCGAAUCUCAACCUCCUAGUAUGAUACUAGCUGACAAGAAAUCCCCUAGUCAAACAACACCAAUGUCACCAAUAAAACCCGUUGAAAAAAUAUCGAUAGAACCGAUCACUGAUAAAGAAGGUGAAAAGCAUUCUCCAGUUAAAGAAGAUGACAAAUCAAUUGAAUCCACGGAGAAAGCAACAAUGCCAGGAAUAACUGACAUUGAUUCUAAAGAACAACAUGACAAAAUACCUGAUGAUAAAAACGUUAAGAUGCAGAAAUCUCCAAUUGCAUUGAUAGGAGACGGAGAAUCUUCCAUCGAGGAGGUACGAACUCCGUCUUCACUCAAAAUGGAACCCACAGAAUUACACAAACCUGACGAUAAACAGCCUGCCGAAUCUCAACCUUCUAGUAUAAUAUUAGCUGACAAGAAAUCCCCUGGUCCAACAACACAAUUAUCACCGAUGUCACCAUUGAAAAUCGUUGAAAAAAUAUCGAUAGAACCGAUCACUGAUAAAGAAGGUGAAAAGCAUUCACCUGUUAAAGAAGAUGACAAAUCAAUUGAAUCCACGGAGAAAGCAACAAUGCCAAGAAUAACAGACAUUGAUUCUAAAGAACAACAUGACAAAAUACCUGAUGAUAAAAACGUUAAGAUGCAGAAAUCUCCAAUUGCAUUGAUAGGAGACGGAGAAUCUUCCAUCGAGGAGGUACGAACUCCGUCUUCACUUAAAAUGGAACCCACAGAAUUACACAAACCUGACGAUAAACAGCAGGCAGAAUCUAAACCUUCUAGUAUAAUAUUAGCUGACAAGAAAUCCCCUGGUCCAACAACACCAAUGUCACCAAUAAAACCCGUUGAAAAAAUAUCGAUAGAACAGAUCACUGAUAAAGAAGGUGAAAAGCAUUCUCCAGUUAGAGAAGAUGACAAAUCAAUUGAAUCCACGGAGAAAGCAACAAUGCCAAAAAUAACUGACAUUGAUUCUAAAGAACAACAUGACAAAAUACCUGAUGAUAAAAACGUUAAGAUGCAGAAAUCUCCAAUUGCAUUGAUAGGAGACGGAGAAUCUUCCAUCGAGGAGGUACGAACUCCGUCUUCACUCAAAAUGGAACCCACAGAAUUACACAAACCUGACGAUAAACAGCAGGCAGAAUCUAAACCUUCUAGUAUAAUAUUAGCUGACAAGAAAUCCCCUGGUCCAACAACACCAAUGUCACCAAUAAAACCCGUUGAAAAAAUAUCGAUAGAACCAAUCACUGAUAAAGAAGGUGAAAAGCAUUCUCCAGUUAGAGAAGAUGACAAAUCAAUUGAAUCCACGGAGAAAGCAACAAUGCCAAAAAUAACUGACAUUGAUUCUAAAGAACAACAUGACAAAAUACCUGAUGAUAAAGACGUUAAGAUACAGAAAUUUCCAAUUGCAUUGAUAGGAGACGGAGAAUCUCCCAUCGAGGAGGUACGAACUCCGUCUUCACUUAAAAUGGAACCCACAGAAUUACACAAACCUGACGAUAAACAGCCUGCCGAAUCUCAACCUGCUAGUAUGAUACUGGGUGACAAGAAAUCCCCUGGUCCAACAACAACAUUAGCACCAAUGUCACCAGUGAAACCCGUUGAAAAUAUAUCGAUAGAACCGAUCACUGAUAAAGAAGGUGAGAAGCAUUCACCAGUUAAAGAAGAUGACAAAUCAAUUGAAUCCAUGAAAAAACCAACAAUGCCAAAAAUAACUGACAUUGAUUCUGGAGAACAACAUGACAAAAUACCUGAUGAUAAAGACGUUAAGUUGCAGAAAUCUCCAAUUGCAUUGAUAGGAGACAGAGAAUCUCUCAUCGAGGAGGAACGAACUCCGUCUUCAUUCAAAAUGGAACCAACAGAAUUACACAAACCUGACGAUAAACAGCCGGCCGAAUCUAAACCUUCUAGUAUAAUAGUAUCUGACAAGAAAUCCUCUGGUCCAACAACACCAUUAGCACCAAUGUCACCAAUAAAACCCGUUCAUAAAAUAGCGGCAGAACCGAUCACUGAUAAAAAAGGUGAAAAGCAUUCCCCAGUUGAAGAAGAUGACAAAUCAAUUGAUUCCACAAAGAAACCAACAAUGCCAGAAAUAACUGACAUUGUUUCUGAAAAGCAAGAUGACAAAAUACCUGCUGGUAAAGACGUUAAGAUGAACAAAUCUUCUGUUAAAUUGAUAGGAGACAAAAUUUCUCCUAUCACUACUUCUUCAGAUUAUCUCGAGGCGGAAAAUGAAGACCAACGGCUUCGGAAUAUGAUGGAUAAAUUUCCAGAACAAACAUCUAAAAAGUGUACAGAUACAAGAAAGUUUUCGGAAACUGAUAUAGAACCGUUGUCAUCAGAAACUGAAUCGUAUCAUAAGAUGGAUCGUAUCUCAAUCCCUCCGUUAGAGCUUCAUCAAAAGAAAUGCUCUCAACAGUAUGACGUUUCAACUUCUGACAUAAUUAUGACGGGUGAUAUGUUGGAAGUAACUCUCACUGAUCACGACGAGAAUAAACUUCAUUCGAGAAAGAAACAAUUUGCCUCAACUAGAUUAACUACUCAAUGUAAAGUACCAGAUGAGGAGCAUGGUAAAAAGAAGGUAUAUUCCAGGCAAAGUCCAAAAUUAAAGCCAAGAAAACUUAGGGCUGAUUCAGAUUUGAGUUCGGAUGAGGAAAAAUUGAUUCAGACUAGACAAAUCACAAAAUCAAAAAACAUAAAGAAAAGUUCAAAAACUAGAAGUGAGUCUAUGGGUAGCUCCAGCGCAAAUAUACAUAAAGUUGUCAAAGAGAAACCAAACUGGGAUGAUCUCGAAAUCAGGAAACUACCAGGACAUGAAAAGUUACGUACCGAAAUAAGAGAACCAUCUAAAGGUUCUAAUGAAGUUCAUAGUCAAACAAAGAGGUCUGUAACUAAGUCAACAAAGUAUGAUGGAACUUGUAAAGAAUUAGUGAACGAUACGUCAGGUAAAGCUGCGAAAGUAAAAACUGAUAACAAUUCUAGUCAAUUUGGUAAGCGAUCUUUGACAAAAUUAUCAAGUCACGAUAGUGUUUCUAAAGAGGCAAUGAAAAUGAAAUCAGAAAAAGUAAUUAGGCGGGCUUCCAAUACCAAAACAUCCGUAACAAGUAUGUCGAGUAGUGAAAGUAUUUCUUCAGUGAAACCUGCUAUAAAAAUAUCUUACAAAAAAAAAACAGUUGUUCCUUCUGAAGUCCCGGUAUCACAACAUGUUACUAGAAAAUACGAUAAUACCGUCCACAGGUACAUGAUGUCAACUGUUUCAAGAGAUAUGAAAAUAGAAAAAAAAGAUAAAACUAAAACUAAAGAUAAACGAGAUAUAGAUAAUUCUAAUGAAAAAUUGAGAAAUAAACAAAAUAUCGAUGAUAGAACUAAAGAAAAGGGUCCAUAUCCUAAAACUAGCAUUUCCGAUGAAAAAAAAUGUACGCCAGUCAAAGAAAUCAAACUCAAAGAAUCAUCAUCAAUACACAAAAUUAAAACCCAAUCAACUCCGACGACUCCUAAGAAAAAAGUACAAAGCAAAAUAAUAGAUUCCAAUAAAUUAACUGAAACUAAAAAUUGUUUGGCUAGAGAGGAAACGAAAAUAUAUAAGAGAGAGGUAUUUACGCGAAUAGAAAGUCCUAAACCGAGUCCAUCCCCAACUAAAUUGCGUCGUACCAUUGUAAGUGAUCAUAUCAAAAAAUUCAGCGAUAAACCGUCCUACGAUAAAACCGUCCAAUUUGCCGACCGUACCAGAAGUCAAAGUGUAAUUCCAACCUCUUACCAAGAACUAGUAGACGAAGGACGUAAAAGUACCAGUCCCACUUCACUUCCAGGUAGCCCAAUUAGAGUACGAUCUGCAAAUGGUAACACAAAACUAAUAACUUCGGAAGUUUUUACGAGAACACAAAACUACACAGGAUCCAUUGAAGUAAUUUAUCGGCAACCUUUCGAAAACAUCAGAAGAGUAGCCUCAACUUUAAGAAAUGAGACAGAAAUAUCUUUAGUUGAUACUACGGAUUCCAGCUUAUCAGAAUCAGUGGCACUACCAAGUUCCCCAUCAGAUCACGAAGUAAGUUCUGAUGCAAAUGGCCGAUUCAAAUCUUUAUCUCCUACAUCGCCGAAAUCGAGAAAAUCCCUAGAAUCUAUACACGAAUCGUCUCAUAGAAUAUCAGAUUUAAUUGCUUGCGCCAACGUACAAGAAGAUAUAAUGAUUCAAGAAACGGAACUACCGAGAAAGUUAGUCAUGUCUCAAUACCAAGAACUCACCCAUUCGGAAGCUACUUCUGAAAAAACAACCGAUGGAAAAGUUGUAUCACCUCCUCGAAGAAAAUACCCUUUCCCAUAUGUAGAAGGAAGUUCUUCAAAAGAGUGGGAAACCACAAGACAGCCGCUUAACUUGGAGCCAACAGCUCCACCAAUAGCCAAGGACGCAGCACAGCAAGGAAUACCGACUAUAACUCGUACCGAAGACCGACCGUUCGUUAAUAAAAAAUCGCUUUACGAUUUAACUAAUGCUCUAAUUCAAUCUGAGUCACGCGCCGAACCUUAUCAUACCCACACAGAAAAAUAUUAUAAACACGAUCUAGAAAAACCGCUCGCCGACGAUGAUUCAACUCCUAAAGAUGAUAAAAAACGAAAAAGAGGUAUUUUUGGCACUCUCAAAAAUUUCGUUAGUAAAUCCAUCGAUUCCGAUUCCGAUUCCGAAAAAUCGUCCCCUAAAAAAGAUAAAAAGAAGAAAGAUAAAAAGAAGACGUCAGUUGAUGUUCCUCCUGUACCACCGCCAAGAAAACCCAAACUUCCAACUCCUCCAAUAGAUUCCAAAUACGAUGAUAUUCCUUAUUUCGAAACAACUCCGACAGAAACACCCGAACACGCUAUCAGAGUUACUAAAUCUUACAAACCUUCGUCUCCAACACCAGUUACAGAUUCAGAUGAUUUACUCACAGAAGUACCAGUCAACAUAACUCACAAAGCUAAAGAAAUUGUUCACGCAGUACUAACAGAUGGAGAGCAGAAAGCUAGAGAUAGACGAUCGAAAUCACCGAAAAAGCAAAAAACUGUAAUCCUCGAGGAGAAAGUUAUUAAAACUUUCUCUCCAUUAACUGUCGAAGGGGAAGAAUUUACAAUAACCAUAGAUCCUACGAAAAAGGAUUCGCCAAAGAAAACAAGGGAAAUAUUCACUCUAAACAUUGACGAAACAGAUGCCCAAAUCGAAAAAGAAAUAUUAGAAAAGUCUCCAAUCUUACCCGAAGAUAGUUUGAUUAAACCGUUCGUACACAUACAAGAAGAACCCUCUAUACCCAUAAGAAGUCAUGUAUACGAAGAUAUUCUAGAACCACAACUAUGUUUAUACCCCGUCAGAAGAUUUGAUUCAGCCGAAAUUAAAAAGCUUACUAAUGAUUUAAUCCAAAAUGAAAUGUGUUUUACUGGAUGGGCUGAUGAUAAACACAAUAUAUUCAAACCACUUUCUAUUCCACCUGAAGAAAUAGAAGAUAAAGAAAUUAAUAGUAAGAUAACAGACAGUCAAAAAUUGAAACGCAAACAUAAUGCUAAACUCUUUGGUAUAUUUGGAAAAAUUUCUAAGGACGAUUCUGAUGAUGAUAGUAGUAGAAAAGAAGUAAUCGAAAAACAAGAUAAAGAAACGUCUAAGGAAAUCCUUGUCACGCCCGAAACAGUACAAGAAGAUUCAUCAAAAUCUACUAAAGUUAAGAGAACUAAAAGUAAAUCUAAGGAUGACAAAAAAUUCUUGGGAUUAUUUAAAAUAAGCAAAGCUGACGAAAAGAAAACUGCUUUUUCAGAUACUGUUAUCAAAGAUAUGAUUGAAUCUACCGCUUUUCUCAAAGAAGAAGUUGACAAAUAUCACGACGUUAGACCAGUAGAAAAUAUAAAUCGACAAAACGGGACUAUUCUAACUGAGCCAGUUUUUAAACAAGAACAUAUUAUUGAAAAGAAAGAUUCUAUCAAAAAAAGCAAGCCUAAAAUUAUACUGACCGCUAACGCUACUGAAGAUAUACAAGACGAAACUAAUGACAUGAAACAGAAAAGAGGAAGUAGUCCUUCCAAGAUAAUUACAACAAUUGAAGAAUCUAAGAAAACAAUUAAGAGGACAGAAAUAAAAAUUGAACCAGUUGUUCCCGAUACAAUUUCGAAAGUACCUACAGAAAAACUGGAAAAUAAAGAUGAACAACAAACUAAAUUUAAAGAAACAACAAAUAAAACAGUUGAAUAUUUAGCAGACAGUAACGAGUUUUUGAUAAAUAAAAAAGAAGAAAUCAAAAACACUUAUGACGUUACAGGUUUGGUAGCUCAUGAAAAACCAAUAGUUGAAGAAAACAUCGAAAUUACAGAAACGGUUAAAGAGCCAAAAAAAGCAGAUGAAUCUUCUAAGAAAUCUAAAACCAAAGGAGAAAAAGGUGGCUUCUUUGGUAAAUUCAAGAAAAAAGAAACAUCUGUCGAUAGAGAUAAUACAAAUGAAACAGUUACCUUAUCGGCAAGUGUUGUGAAAGAUAUGUCUGACAGUGAUACUUUCUUAAAAGAUGAAAUUGAGAAAUAUCAUGAUGUUCGUCCUCUAGUAACGACUCGACAAUCCGAAUUCGACGACCCAAAACCAAACAUAAUACCCAGAAAAUCCAAAAGUAAACAAGGAAAGAUUGAUGCAAUUUUAGAUAUAAACAAAAAGGAAGAUGAAAGCAAACCAUCUCCAGCAACAAUUAGGAUAGAAACUAGUGAUGCUGGUCGUUCGAAACUUAUUGCAAUAGAAGCGGAACCUAUUAAAUAUAACACAACAAAAAUUGUGGAAUUAACGGAAGAAAAGUCUCCUAAGAAAUCAAAAGACAAAGACGUUGGAAACAUAUUUGGAAUAUUCAAAAAGAAAACAGGGUCUUUGGAAAGAGGUACUAAAAUUGAAACUGUUACUGAAAAAGAAAAACCUGCACUUUCUUCCAUUGUUAUCAAGAAUAUGGAUGACACUAAAUCAUUUUUGAAAGAUGAAAUUGAUAGAUACCAUGAUGUAAGACCCAUUAUACAACAGCCUAUUAUAGAAGAACAUGUUAAAGUAGAUGUUAGAACAAAAGCUCUGAGUAAGGAUCAAGGUGCAGAAAAAUCACAUAAAACAUCUAAAGACAAUUCAGGAAAAGAUACUGGAAACAUCUUUGGAGUAUUCAAGAAAAAAUCCGGAUCGUCAGAAAGAGGUGUUAUUGUGGAAACGGUGGAAGAAAAACCUGCGCUUUCAACAAAUGUUGUCAAGGAUAUGAAAGAUACUGACACAUUUUUAAGUAAUGAGAUAAAUAUUUAUAAUGACGUUAGACCUUUGGUACAGAAACCUAUACAAGAAGAAUAUAUUAAAAUUGAUGUAAAAGCAGCACCAGCAACUGAGCAGCCUGCUGAAAAAGUAGAAAAAAAGCUUAAAGAAAAAUCAGAAAAAGAGAGUAUAUUUACGAAAAUCAAAAAGAAAGCAGGAACUUUAGAGAGAAAUGUUAUAGCAGAAACCGUAAAAACUAAACCUGAGCUUUCGACAACUGUGAUUAAAGAUAUCAAUGAUACUGACACAUUUUUAAAAGAAGAGAUAAAUAUUUACCAUGAUGUUAGACCUGUGGUGAAGAAGCCCGUGCAAGAAGAGCAUACUAAAGUAGACGUCAGAGCGGUGCCAGUAAUCGAGGAGACUGCAGAAAAAGAAGCUAAAAAAUCUAGGAAACAACCAGAAAAAGACGGUGUCAGCUUUUUCGGAAUAUUUAAAAAGAAAACUGGAUCAUUGGAAAGAGGUGUUACCGUUGGAACUAUUUCUUCACAAAGUGAGCCCGCUCUUUCAGUCACUGUUAUCAAAGAUAUAAAUGACACUGACACAUUCUUGAAGGAGGAAAUUGAUAGGUAUCACGAUGUGAGACCUAUCGUGAGGCCACAAGUUGUAGAAGAAAGAGUAAUCGUAGGAGACAGUGGAAACGUCAAAAUAAAGGAGAAAACUCCAGAAAAGUCGGAAGACAAACGUGAAAAAGAAGGAAAAGGAGUGUUUGGCAUAUUCGGAAAGAAAGAAAAGCCAGUUAAGAGUGAUAUCAAGAAAGAAACAGCGGUUUCACAAGAAAAACCUGCUCUUUCAGCCACCGUUAUAGAAGACAUGAACAAAACUGACACAUUCUUGAAGGACGAAAUCGAUAAAUACCACGAUGUCAGACCCAUAGUCACGCAGAAGGUUCUAGAAGAAGAAAUAAUCGUCCAUGAUGGCAAAUCUGUCGCAACCACAGAACAAACUCUAGAAAAGUCACCGGAAAAGUCGAAAGAGAAACGUGAAAAAGAAGGAAAAGGAGUGUUUGGCAUAUUCGGAAAGAAAGAAAAGCCAGUUAAGAGUGAUAUCAAGAAAGAGACAGCGGUUUCACAAGAAAAACCUGCUCUUUCAGCCACCGUUAUAGAAGACAUGAACAAAACUGACACAUUCUUGAAGGACGAAAUCGAUAAAUACCACGAUGUCAGACCCAUAGUCACGCAGAAGGUUCUAGAAGAAGAAAUUAUCGUCCAUGAUGGCAAAUCUGUCGCAACCACAGAACAAACUCUAGAAAAAUCUCCAGAAAAGUCGAAAGACAAACGUGAAAAAGAAGGAAAAGGAGUGUUUGCAAUAUUCGGAAAGAAAGAAAAACCAGUUAAGAGUGAUAUCAAGAAAGAGACAGCGGUUUCACAAGAAAAACCUGCUCUUUCAGCCUCCGUUAUAGAAGACAUGAAUAAAACUGACACAUUCUUGAAGGACGAAAUCGAUAAAUACCACGAUGUCAGACCCAUAGUCACGCAGAAGGUUCUAGAAGAAGAAAUAAUCGUCCAUGAUGGCAAAUCUGUCGCAACCACAGAACAAACUCUAGAAAAGUCACCGGAAAAGUCCAAAGAGAAACGUGAAAAAGAAGGAAAAGGAGUGUUUGCAAUAUUCGGAAAGAAAGAAAAACCAGUUAAGAGUGAUAUCAAGAAAGAGACAGCGGUUUCACAAGAAAAACCUGCUCUUUCAGCCACCGUUAUAGAAGACAUGAAUAAAACUGACACAUUCUUGAAGGACGAAAUCGAUAAAUACCACGAUGUCAGACCCAUAGUCACGCAGAAGGUUCUAGAAGAAGAAAUAAUCGUCCAUGAUGGCAAAUCUGUCGCAACCACAGAACAAACUCCAGAAAAGUCGCCGGAAAAGUCGAAAGAGAAACGUGAAAAAGAAGGAAAAGGAGUGUUUGCAAUAUUCGGAAAGAAAGAAAAACCAGUUAAGAGUGAUAUCAAGAAAGAGACAGCGGUUUCACAAGAAAAACCUGCCCUUUCAGCCUCCGUUAUAGAAGACAUGAAUAAAACUGACACAUUCUUGAAGGACGAAAUCGAUAAAUACCACGAUGUCAGACCCAUAGUCACGCAGAAGGUUCUAGAAGAAGAAAUAAUCGUCCAUGAUGGCAAAUCUGUCGCAACCACAGAACAAACUCCAGAAAAAUCUCCAGAAAAGUCGAAAGAGAAACGUGAAAAAGAAGGAAAAGGAGUGUUUGGCAUAUUCGGAAAGAAAGAAAAACCAGUUAAGAGUGAUAUCAAGAAAGAGACAGCGGUUUCACAAGAAAAACCUGCUCUUUCAGCCACCGUUAUAGAAGACAUGAAUAAAACUGACACAUUCUUGAAGGACGAAAUCGAUAAAUACCACGAUGUCAGACCCAUAGUCACGCAGAAGGUUCUAGAAGAAGAAAUAAUCGUCCAUGAUGGCAAAUCUGUCGCAACCACAGAACAAACUCCAGAAAAGUCGCCGGAAAAGUCGAAAGAGAAACGUGAAAAAGAAGGAAAAGGAGUGUUUGCAAUAUUCGGAAAGAAAGAAAAACCAGUUAAGAGUGAUAUCAAGAAAGAGACAGCGGUUUCACAAGAAAAACCUGCUCUUUCAGCCUCCGUUAUAGAAGACAUGAAUAAAACUGACACAUUCUUGAAGGACGAAAUCGAUAAAUACCACGAUGUCAGACCCAUAGUCACGCAGAAGGUUCUAGAAGAAGAAAUAAUCGUCCAUGAUGGCAAAUCUGUCGCAACCACAGAACAAACUCUAGAAAAGUCACCGGAAAAGUCCAAAGAGAAACGUGAAAAAGAAGGAAAAGGAGUGUUUGCAAUAUUCGGAAAGAAAGAAAAACCAGUUAAGAGUGAUAUCAAGAAAGAGACAGCGGUUUCACAAGAAAAACCUGCUCUUUCAGCCACCGUUAUAGAAGACAUGAACAAAACUGACACAUUCUUGAAGGACGAAAUCGAUAAAUACCACGAUGUCAGACCCAUAGUCACGCAGAAGGUUCUAGAAGAAGAAAUUAUCGUCCAUGAUGGCAAAUCUGUCGCAACCACAGAACAAACUCUAGAAAAAUCUCCAGGAAAGUCGAAAGACAAACGUGAAAAAGAAGGAAAAGGAGUGUUUGCAAUAUUCGGAAAGAAAGAAAAACCAGUUAAGAGUGAUAUCAAGAAAGAGACAGCGGUUUCACAAGAAAAACCUGCUCUUUCAGCCACCGUUAUAGAAGACAUGAACAAAACUGACACAUUCUUGAAGGACGAAAUCGAUAAAUACCACGAUGUCAGACCCAUAGUCACGCAGAAGGUUCUAGAAGAAGAAAUUAUCGUCCAUGAUGGCAAAUCUGUCGCAACCACAGAACAAACUCUAGAAAAGUCACCGGAAAAGUCGAAAGAGAAACGUGAAAAAGAAGGAAAAGGAGUGUUUGCAAUAUUCGGAAAGAAAGAAAAACCAGUUAAGAGUGAUAUCAAGAAAGAGACAGCGGUUUCACAAGAAAAACCUGCUCUUUCAGCCACCGUUAUAGAAGACAUGAACAAAACUGACACAUUCUUGAAGGACGAAACUGAUAAAUACCACGAUGUCAGACCCAUAGUCACGCAGAAGGUUCUGGAAGAAGAAAUAAUCGUCCAUGAUGGCAAAUCUGUCGCAACCACAGAACAAACUCUAGAAAAGUCACCGGAAAAGUCGAAAGAGAAACGUGAAAAAGAAGGAAAAGGUGUGUUUGCAAUAUUCGGAAAGAAAGAAAAACCAGUUAAGAGUGAUAUCAAGAAAGAGACAGCGGUUUCACAAGAAAAACCUGCUCUUUCAGCCUCCGUUAUAGAAGACAUGAAUAAAACUGACACAUUCUUGAAGGACGAAACUGAUAAAUACCACGAUGUCAGACCCAUAGUCACGCAGAAGGUUCUGGAAGAAGAAAUAAUCGUCCAUGAUGGCAAAUCUGUCGCAACCACAGAACAAAGUCCAGAAAAAUCUCCAGAAAAGUCGAAAGAGAAACGUGAAAAAGAAGGAAAAGGAGUGUUUGCAAUAUUCGGAAAGAAAGAAAAACCAGUUAAGAGUGAUAUCAAGAAAGAGACAGCGGUUUCACAAGAAAAACCUGCCCUUUCAGCCUCCGUUAUAGAAGACAUGAAUAAAACUGACACAUUCUUGAAGGACGAAAUCGAUAAAUACCACGAUGUCAGACCCAUAGUCACGCAGAAGGUUCUAGAAGAAGAAAUAAUCGUCCAUGAUGGCAAAUCUGUCGCAACCACAGAACAAACUCUAGAAAUGUCACCGGAAAAGUCGAAAGAGAAACGUGAAAAAGAAGGAAAAGGAGUGUUUGCAAUAUUCGGAAAGAAAGAAAAACCAGUUAAGAGUGAUAUCAAGAAAGAGACAGCGGUUUCACAAGAAAAACCUGCCCUUUCAGCCUCCGUUAUAGAAGACAUGAACAAAACUGACACAUUCUUGAAGGACGAAAUCGAUAAAUACCACGAUGUCAGACCCAUAGUCACGCAGAAGGUUCUAGAAGAAGAAAUAAUCGUCCAUGAUGGCAAAUCUGUCGCAACCACAGAACAAACUCCAGAAAAGUCGCCGGAAAAGUCGAAAGAGAAACGUGAAAAAGAAGGAAAAGGAGUGUUUGCAAUAUUCGGAAAGAAAGAAAAACCAGUUAAGAGUGAUAUCAAGAAAGAAACAGUUGUUUCACAAGAAAAACCUGCUCUUUCAGCCACCGUUAUAGAAGACAUGAACAAAACUGACACAUUCUUGAAGGACGAAAUUGAUAAAUACCACGAUGUCAGACCCAUAGUCACGCAGAAGGUUCUAGAAGAAGAAAUUAUCGUCCAUGAUGGCAAAUCUGUCGCAACCACAGAACAAACUCCAGAAAAGUCGCCGGAAAAAUCAAAAGAGAAACGUGAAAAAGAAGGAAAAGGAGUGUUUGGCAUAUUCGGAAAGAAAGAAAAACCAGUUAAGAGUGAUAUCAAGAAAGAGACAGCGGUUUCACAAGAAAAACCUGCUCUUUCAGCCACCGUUAUAGAAGACAUGAACAAAACUGACACAUUCUUGAAGGACGAAAUUGAUAAAUAUGACGAUGGUAAAAUAUCCUAUUCAAUACAAACAACAGAAAUAAUAAAAGCGGAGAAGGAUUGUGAAACUGCUGUGGCUGAUCAACCAAUAGAACAAUCGACACAGUUUGACAAAUCUGAAGAUGUAGCUGAAAAUGGUUCCGAUAAAUAUUAUAAAAUACGUCAUAUUUUGGAAAAAGCUGAAAAUCAAACAGUUGAACCUGAUUUUGUAAAACAUGUUACAUUGGAACCUGAAAGAAAACUUGUCACAAUUGAAAGAGAAAUCACAAUAGAAGUAUUCGAUUUGGAAGGUAAGCCUGAAUCUACAGCUAUACUUAAACAACAAUUACCAGGAUCUGAUAGUUUUCUAAAUACUGAAAUUGAUAAGUACGAUGAUGUUCGACCAAUUGUCCAAAAAUCCCAUGUAGAAGCUUCAUCCAAAGAAUCAAAAGCAACAGCAGACAAAGUAGGUUUUGGCUUUUUUGGAUUAUUCAAGAAAAAGGGCUCCGAAGAAAAAUCAGAAGUCACUAAAAAUAUACAAGACAACGAAUCUUUAAUAGUUGAAACAGUGAAACAAGAAGUUAAAGAAGAACCUAAAUUAGAAGUUGCCACAAUGGAGAUUCAAGGAGAUGUUUCCAAAACCAAAGAAAUUGUUGAUGGCAACAAAACUGGACUUUUCGGAAUUUUCAAAAAGAAACCCAAAGAGGAAACGACAAAAGUAAAAACAGAGGUUUUUUCAAACGAAGUUCUUGAAAAUAUGAGAGUUUCUGACUCGUUCUUAAAAUAUGAAGUCGAUAAAUAUCAUGAUGUACGUCCCGUAACAGAAAUUGCUGAAUCCGCAGAACCAGUUAUUAGAGAUACUAUCAGUGUCACUGUAGAACAAAAGGAAAUACCAAACAAUGACGCAGAAAUCAAACGUAUACCAGAAGAAAGAGAAAAAGUUGUUUCUUCAACAAUAACCGAGUGUGAAACUGAUAGAAGCGGUUCUCCUGAGCUGAAAUUAACCGAAAAUACAGUUAUGGAUUCGGAAACUUCGUCUAAUGUACCUAAGAAACAUAAAAAAGACAGUGGUCUCUUUGGCAUUUUCAAAAAGAAACCACAAGAUCAUAGAGCAGUUACUAGCCCACUACCUUUAUCUGAAAUUGUUAUUAAACACAUGCAAGAUAGUGAUAGAUUUUUAAAAGAUGAAAUAGAAAAAUAUCAAGAUGUUCGCCCAAUUAUUAAAGAAACCAUUACAGGAGUUUCCUCGGUAGAGCAACCAGUUACCAUGAAGGAAACAGAAACACAGUAUCCUGGUGGACAAAAAGGUACAGAAAAUCAAGAAGAAAAAAGCGGAUUGUUUGGUAUUUUUAAGAAAAAGUCAGGAUCAUUGGAACGAGAUGUUAAAGGAAGUUCAAAAGAUAAAGAAGCAGAAAUCACAAACCUACAGAAAGAUAAAAGACCAGAAAAAAGAAGUCCUAUAUUUGGUAUCAAAAAACCAAAAAUUGUACUGUCAGAAGAUACUAUGAAAAACAUGUCUAUAACUGACAGUUUCCUACAAACAGAAGUCGAAAAUUACCAUGAUGCCAAACCAAUUAUUGUGAAAACCGAGUCAGAAGUUGUCGGUAAUGGAGAAAAAAUAACGAAAAAGUCGAAGGAUCAAAGUAAUGAAACUGGAAGAGUAGGUAUUUUUGGCAUUUUCAAAAAAAAGACCGAAUCUCUAGAAAGAGAUAAUAAAGUAAUUACCCAAGGUUCAUCACCGGAGAUCGAACAUCCCGAAAAACCUCCUAGACAAUUAGCCACAAAAGAUAGAGGGACUGAAAAAGCAGAGUUUCCAUCUCAACCUGAUAUAGAUAUUGAAAAGAAGCCGAAAUUAUCCACAACUACACAAAAAGAGUUUGACCAAGUCAAUACAUUCUUGCAGACGGAAAUUGAUAAAUAUCAUGAUGUAAAACCAAUUAUUUUGAAAGAAAUUGAAGAACCUUCAAUUACAGCAGUUGUUACUUCACCUCCAUCAAAAGAAAAGGAUACCAAAAUGAAAGAUGGCAAAGGUUUAUUUGGAAUAUUUAAGAAAAAGUCAGAAUCGGUUGAGAGAGAGAUUAAGCAAGAAGAUUCUAAAGAAAAAUCCGAGAGUAUCGGAACCAAAUCUGUAGUCGAAAACGAAAAACUACCCUUAUCAGAAAAAACAAAACAAGAAAUUACCGACAGUAACAAAUUUCUACAAACAGAAAUAGAUAAAUAUCAUGAUGUGAGAACCAUUGUUGAAACAAAGAAAAUGAAAAGCUUGGACGAAUCACUUCCCAAAGAACUUUCUGAUCAACAAACUGAAACGCCUGUGAAAAAACAAAAAGAUAUGAGAAAAGGGGGCUUAUUUGGUAUCUUCAAGAAGAAAACUAGAUCAUUAGAAAGGGACGUUAAAGGUAUAAACAAAGAUAUAGCAGACCAGCAAACUAAAUCUGACGCAACUUCUGUUUUUUACGAUAUAACUGAUAAACAAGAACCAACCAAAACUGCUAUUGAAGUAGUCGAUAGCGAUACAUUCCUUAAAACCGAAGUUGACAAAUAUCAUGAUGCCAAACCAGUUCCACAUAAAGAUAUUUCGUUGUCUGUUGAAAUACCAACACAGUCAUUAACGACAACAACUGACAAAAUCGAAUGUGAUGCUACAACUAAAAAGUUAUUUGAUCAGUUGAAGGACGAGAGUCCGAAGAGAACAAUAACCACCACCGUCACAAAACAAGAAAUACCUCAUGGAGAACGAACUACAAUAAUAACAAAUGAUCUAGUAACAGGUACUAUUCAAUUACCUACAGAUACUUUAUCUGAUAUAGAGAAAUUAGAAGAAGAAAUUAAUACAAAACUUGAAUUGUUAAAGAAAGAAGCAGAUGCUACUUAUGAUGAGGUUAAGAAAGAAACAGUGAUUGAAAAAGCAGGAUUUCCAUCUCAACCUGAUAUAGAUAUUGAAAAGAAGCCGAAAUUAUCCACAACUACACAAAAAGAGUUUGAACAUGUCAACACCUUCUUGCAGACAGAAAUUGAUAAAUAUCAUGAUGUAAAACCAAUUAUUUUGAAAGAAAUCGAAGAGCCUUCAACCGCAGCAGUUGUUACUUCACCUCCAUCAAAAGAAAAGGAUACCAAAAUGAAAGAUGGAAAAGGUUUAUUUGGAAUAUUUAAGAAAAAGUCAGAAUCGGUUGAGAGAGAUAUUAAGCAAGAAGAUUCUAAAGAAAAAUCCGAGAGUAUCGGAACCAAAUCUGUAGUCGAAAACGAAAAACUACCCCCAUCAGAAAAAACAGAGCAAGGCAUUACUGACAACUUUUUACAAACUAGAGAAAAGGUACCUGAUGAACAAAAAGCUAGUAAGCAAAAAGACAAAAAAGAUAAAAAAUCUGGUCUUUUUGGUAUCUUUAAAAAAACAGAUUCGGAAGUCCAAACACCCUUAAAAGAUUCAACAGAAGUAUCUGUUGAAGAGAGUGAAAGUGUAGACACAUUUUCAACAUCUGAAAUAGAUCGCUACCACCAAAUUCGACCAAUUGGCGAAAAACCAGAAGAAACAAAAGUGAAAUUCAAGGAACCUCUCAUUACAGAAAUACCUCCUCCGAAAGUAGCAAAAACUUCAGAGCCAAAAUUAAUUAAAACAUCCCACAUAACUCACGAAAUAUAUACUACAGAAACGCCGCAUAAUAAGUUGGAAGACGUCGAAAAACUAAAAAGUGAAGUCGAAUCAUGUCUCCCACUUGGAGCUAACAUAGUUCAAAUACCUGUCGAUAACAAAUCAUUUGAAGAAACAAUUCCUAAAGAAAAUCUUACUUACCGAGAAAGUAUCACUGCGGCUAUGAAAGAUACUGACAAUUUUUUGAAACAAGAGGUUGCAAAAUUCCACGACGUACGACCUCAAUUUACGUCAACUUCAAAACAGAAGUUACCUAAGGAUUCUGUAACUAAAGAGAUCAAAGGGUUAUUCGGUAUUUUUACUAAAAAGGAAUCAGAGGAGCGAGAAGAUGAAUCAAAAGCAGAAAAAUCAGAACAAGGAAAACACAGAACCGAAGAUAUCAAAUCAAUUAACGAUUCUGAUAAAUUCUUAAGAAAAGAAAUUGAAAAAUAUCACGACGUUCGUACUCAAGAGAGAGUACCAAGUGCACCGGAAGAAAAAGAAAUUGAUACAACUUAUAAGAGCGAUGUUAAAGCUAGUCCUUCAAAAAUAACUAAAACGGAACCAGGAGGAACAAAACAAAUAGUCAUAACAGAAAAACACUUUGUUAAAGAAGGAGGAUAUUUAAGUGAAGUAUUCGUUGAAGAAAAAACAGAAAAAAGAAGUUAUUCACACGUGGAAGCUGAUGAUAUAAAUAAAAAUUUAAAUCAAACCUCAAAUUUCCUCAAUACCGAACUUGACAAAUACGAGGAUAAUUCAAGUGGUAAAAGAGAAAAGUCCAAAAAGAAACCAGAUGCAGAUGUUCAACCACAAUUUUCUAGAGAAGUAAUAGCGAAUAUGAUAGCUUCAAGUGACUUUUUGAGAGAAGAGGUUGCAAAUUAUCAUGAUGUCAAACAAAAUUACAAACAAGAAGAACCACCUGUAAAGGAAAAGACCAAAUUAUUCGGAGGACUAUUUUCUAAAAAGAAAUCAUCCGAAAAAGAUUCUGAACCCAAAUCUGGCGAAGAAGAACAAUCCAAAAUAAAAAGUAAAAAGAAAACGAAGAAAGGAAAAGACGAGACAGCUAAACCUGAAAGCAAAGAUUUCUCUAAGAUAGAAACCGACCGCUAUCAGGAAGGUAAAAAAUCAAAAGAAGAGAGUACUAGUUUCUUUGGUCUGUUUUCAAAGAAAACUAAACCUCAAGAACAAGACAAGAACGUUGAUGAACAAUUAACACAGCAGCUGUCAUCUGAAGUCAUUCAACAUAUGAAAGACAGUUCUAACUUUCUAAACACAGAAAUCGAGUUGUACCAAGACGUUCGCCCAGAUUUUGUUGAUAACUUUCAGCCUGUCACUUUAUCACCUAUAAAUAUACCAGAUACAUCAUUUGUUUUGAAACAAGAAGCUUCUCAAAACGACGCUCCCCUGAUAUCAGGACUCCAUACCAGGCAAGAAGGAUAUCAAAAAAUUGCCGAAUCUUUUACCACUCCUACAGUUGAAAUAAUUAAAGAAGAAAGUCCAAAACGAACAGUUACCACGUAUAUAACAAACGAGGCAAUACCUAGAGGAGAAAGAACUACAAAAGUAAAAACUGAGGUUAUAACCGGUUCUAUUCAGUUAUCACCAGAAAUACUGGACGAUAUUGAAAAAUUGGAAAAAGAAAUAAACACGAAACUAAACGAGCUCCGACAACAAACUGAUCCUACUGAAGAUAUAAUCGAACAACCUUCUAAGCUCAGUGAAAAGUCAACGGAAAUGACACCUCAGUCUCUUCAAAAACAAAAAGUUGUUUCAGAUGCUCAAGUUAAAAAGUCAGAAAUACCAGACAGUCCACUUCCUGGAAAAAUAACUGAAUUAUCUUUCGAUCAACCUCCCAAAACAGAACAGAAAUUAAACGAACGAAUAUUAAAACAAAUGCAAGAUAGUCAUAGUUUUCUCCUAACUGAGCUAGAAAAUUAUGACAAUGGAAAACCAGUGAUGGUGACCGAUCUUGAUGAAGACCCUAAAGUUAAAUCUUCAGGUUUAUUCGGAAUUUUUAGUAAAAAAAGCGAAAGUCCAAAAAUCACUAAGAGAAGGUUGAAAAAGGGAAAAGAAAAACCAAUAGAUGAAAGUGAUAAAGUAGGUAUUUUAGAUAAAAUAGGACGUAAAUUGACUGGUGGGAAAUAUGACGUAGAAGAAGCAUCAAAAAGUAUGAGCGAUAAUGCUACGAGUGAAAUAUUAAGAAAAACAGAUGAUACUACAGAUUCAACAUCUGCAAGCGUUUCUAAGCAUAUCGAUUAUGUAAAAGAAAGUUCUAGAAGAGAACACGAAUCAAUAAUUACAAAAAUAAUAGAAGAAGGUGCAGCUCAAACCGACAAAGUGCGUGAGUCUGCGAAAGAUAACGUUAAAAGAGCAGAACAAUCAAUUACUGAUACCAGCAGUACUUUUAAAGAAGCGAUUAAAGAAAAAUCAGUGAUCGAGGAUGCUGCAGCAACAGUUCAGCAAACGGAAGAUAAAACUAGAGAUGCUACAAAAGAAGGAAAAGUUACCGCAGAUAAAGCUGGUAAAAAAGCAACUGGCUUUUUCAAUAAAAUAUCUGGAAAAAGUGAGGAAAGCGAUACCAAAAAAGAUAAAAAGAGCAAGAAAUCUAGUGGUAUAUUAUCUAAAUUAGGAGGAAAGGGCAAAGUUUCGUUUGAAUACCCAGAAGCAACUAUUAUAGAUGAAAAAAUAAUUUCUACUGAUACCGAUUCAAACAUAACAGAUGAUAUAACAAAAACGACACAUUCCACCCAAGAAAUAGUGAAAUCAGAAACUUUUACUGAAGACUUACUAAAAAGUUUCGACGAAAAACUUGAGCACGUAAAAGAAGAAAGAGAUUUGAAAGAAUCCGCUGCAGGGGGCAUUAAAGAAUUUGAAACGAGAACUGAAAAUAUAAAAAAGGGUGUAUCAGAAAUGACUCGAAAACAAGAUGAAAAAGGCAAAGUGAUAACAAUUCCAGAAAAAAAUGUUGACUCUUUUGAAAAGAAAAUUGAUGAAAAAUUUAGCGAGACUAUGAAAUUAUCUAAAGAACUUAUCAAAAGACAUGAUGAAACUGCGAAAAAACCAACUUCGCCUUCACAAAAUUUAUUAGAAAGCCAAAGGAAGAGAAUAGAAACAGAUGUUAGUCUUUUAGAAGACGCUAUCAAUAAAAAAAGUAAAGAGAUAAAAGAACAGCUUAGUGAUGAAAUUAUUUAUGUUCAAAAAGCUAUAAAAAUAGAAAAAAGCAAAUUGGGUGAAAUGGGAAAAGAUGUGGGGAAGAAAAUUGGAAAAAACGUCGAAAUAGGUAUAGCUUCAACAGUUCAGAAUGUAGAAAAUGCUGCGAAAAUCUCAAAAUCUCCUGAACAGUCUUCUUCCAAAGAAAUCGUUGAACAAAUAGAUGAUUCAGUCAAUGUCAUUCAUAAAAAACUAGAAAAGUUACCAACAACUAAAACAGAUAUUGAAGAAAUUAUUAAAGCAGCUGAUAGAAACGUAGAAACUAAAACAACAUCUACAGUUGAACGAGAAGCUGCGAAAUUGAUAGAAUCCACUAAAGCUGAUAUUGAAGGUGCUAGUGAUGUUACUAGUUUUUUUGAUAAACUCGAAGAAAAAAUGGCAGAAAAAAGAAAGAAGAAAGCUGUUGACAUAGAUGAAUCGAUUGAUAAUAAGAUAUCCGAUGAUUUUAAUACAAAAGUCCAAUCUGCAACGAAUGUAACAAUAACGAGUGUGAAAGAAGAUCCAUCGAAAAAACUAACUGAGAGAUCAGAAAAAUUUGGAAGUGCAGAUAAAUACAAUAUUGGAUAUUUUCAACAAAUUCCACCACUAAAGUCAGACAUUCGACAAGAAACCAUGACUUUUCUUGAAUCUGAAUGUCAAAGAACCGAUGAUCCAGGAAUGAGUCGGGCAGUAUCUGAUUAUGGUUCCCAAAUAAAAACUGGCGUCAAAGAUCGUACUAGAAACAUCUCAGAAGCUGAUAUUGACCUUUCCAAUUUAUCUCAAGAACAUGAAGGGGCGACAAUUUCUUAUAUAAUGACACCGAGUUUUAAAGAACGCAUUGUAUCUACGAGAAUAACCCAAAUCGGUAAACCUCAAGUGAUAGAAAUAACAUACGAUUCUUCUUUAGAUAGCAGUAGUGACAAUUCAUAUAUAGUAACUGAACCAGAUGAUGAGUUGCCAACGAAAACACCUCUUUUUCAAAUGGAAUCGGGGAGUUUUUCAAGAUCUGGACUUGCUACAAGUUCUAAUAUAUCAGAAACAUCUAGUGAAAGUAAAAUCAUACUUAGUGACUCAACUAAACCUAUAGAUAUCGUAUUAAAACAAGAAGAAGAGCGGUUAAAAGAACAUAAAAAAGAAUCACAAGCAGAAGUGGAUAUAAUAGAAAAAAAAUUGCGUGACUUAGAUAAAGCUUUAGAUUCAUUAGAAAAAGUAGAAAUAGAAAUCGAUGAUAAAAUUGACAAAAAAACAGAAAAGAAACUGCGACGAGUAGAACGUAAAUUCGAAAGAAUGGCAUCCGAAGCUUUGGAUACCGAUACAAAAGAAGGAAAAAAAGUACAAUUGACCAGUCCGGAAAUAGAAAUAAAACGCGAAAGUGACUACCAAACAUUAAUAUCGCAGCUAAGCAUCGAAGAUCUCAGUGACUUUCAAAAAGAAUACAGCCACUUGUGGGACGAACACACUUUCUCAAAAAGCAGUGACCGAGAGUCAAAAACGCCGGACAGCCAAGCAGACGCGCAAGAGCUUCCACAAGGUGAAAUAGUUUACAUGGGCCCUGUCAAUUUAAAUAAAGAUCACACAAUAAACAAAGCAGGUGUCGAAGUAGAUGUAAUUCCAAUUAUGCGAUCUCCUUGUCCAUCUCCUAAACCGAGAAAAAAAAAUCCAACAACACGCUCAAAAUCAGCGAUGAGUUACUAUAGAAACGAAAGACUGAAAAAUGACGAGAGUGGUAGUUUACCAAAUUUAAAAUCUUCAUCUUUGAAAAGCUCCCUAGUUGACCUAGUGAUACAGAUGGAUCCGAAAAAAUUCACGAGUACGCAGUCGUUGAUUAGCGGCGAAAGUGGAAUCAGAUCUAAGGAAAGUACAGAAUCUCUUCCAAAAGGAACAAUAAUGAAAGCUGUAGUUAAUUGGUUGGAAAAAUCGAGUCCUUUCAGUUCAAUUGAAAACCUCGAUAGAAGUAUACCCGAUCUAAUGGAAACAAGUUGUUCUUUAAUUGACGACGAACUAGAAUCUACAGACGAAAGAUCCGUGUCGAAAUCAGAUUGUAUAAUACCCGAUAUAAACAUAUUUUGUGAAGACGAUUUAGACCAAGGUGCCGAUGGUACGGCAACUUCCCCUUCUACUAAAGACACUGCAGCUCCAUCUACAAGUCGACCCCAAGUAACCCGUAGAAGACCUCUGCGUUAUGAGAUCAGUGUCGAAGACCAAACUGAGGUGGAUCCUAGGGAACACGAUUGGCGUUUUAAUUUACCCAAACAUGCCGAAGGAGAGGAAGGAGCGGAAAAAGAGGAAACGGAACAUGAAAGAAGAGUAGCUGAUCAACAUCAACUUUCCGAAGAAAUGAAGCAGCUCUUAAAAGAACUUGAAAAAGAAACAAAGCAAUAAAGAAGUCAAAUCAAGAUAUAAAAUUAAUAAUAUUGACAUAUCCCUAUAUCUUCGUAAAAAUUCCAGAUGUGACAACUAAAUGUUACUAUUUGACAAAAAAAAUCUUGCAUUUCAACUUAUGCUUUAAGCUUGCUUAUUUAUGUUUAUUGAACUUAUUGUGGAAUACGACAUUUGGUCCAUUUUAGCACUUUCCUGUCGGAAAUAUGCCUUUUGGUCCAUUUUAUAGCACUUUCCCACUUGGAGAGAAAGCCGUUUCCAAAAAAUUACCACUAAAUUAAAAUCUAGUAUUUACUGAAAUUUGAUGUUAUAUAUAUUUUUAAAAGCAAUGUAUAUUUCAAUUAUUAUUUAUGUAACGAAAUUCUUCAGAAUUGAAGCUCGUAAAUAUUUUUGCCUGCUAGAAUUUUUCAACUUAAAGUUUUUUCAAAAAAAAAAAGAACAAUUUUGAAGGAUUUUUGAGAAACGACGUACUUAUAGAAAGAAGUAAAUAACACUAACUUACAAUAAUUUUGAGAGUAUUAUUAUGCUGAAUAAUUUGUUUUUGUUAUAGCUGUUAUUUUUAUAUAUGUGUAUAUUACUUUAUUGUAAGUUGAGGUUACGUGUUUGUAUAAAAAUGAACGAAAGCAAGAAUGACCAUUUUUUAGAUUUAAUAAUGUUAUUUAGCUUUUACGAUUAAUGUUUUUCGUAUUGUGACUUUUCUUCAGUUUCUUUUUAUAUUUAAAAAUGUUUACAGGUUUGUGGUUUCUCCUGGCGAAAUUAAAUUAGAGAAACUGAUCAAAAGACACUGAUUUCAACGUUAUUUUAUUUCAAUUCAAUGUGAAAUACCUGAAUAUUUAACCUGUGUAUCAGAAAUAAAGCUUUCAAUAUAUAAA